AUGGCAGCCCCCGGCACCCCGGCUGAAUGUGGCUACAUCCGGACCGUCCUGGGCCAGCAGAUCCUGGGACAACUGGACAGCUCCAGCUUGGCCCUGCCCACCGAGGCCAAGCUGAAGCUAGCGGGGAGCAGCGGCCGCAGCAGCCAGGCGGCCAAGAACCUGCGGAUCCAGGAGCAGGUGCAGCAGACCCUGGCCCGGAAGGGCCGGAGCUUCGUGGGCAACGGAAAUCUUCACCGAACCAGCAGUGUUCCUGAGUAUGUCUACAACCUACACUUGGUUGAAAAUGAUUUUGUUGGCGGACGUUCCCCUGUUACUAAAACCUAUGACAUGAUAAAGCCUGGCACAACUGCCACUUAUGAAAGUCGCUGGGGGAGGGGGACAGCCCAGUACAGUUCGCAGAAGUCUGUGGAAGAAAGGGCCUGGCGGCAGCCGCUGAUGAGACUGGAGAUUUCCCCGGACAGCAGCCCCGAGAGGGCGCAGUUCGCGCACGCGCACGCGCACGCACAGGGCGACCACCACAGCCAGAGGAGCCAGGCGGGCUCCGCCCUGCGCCACCAGGAGAGCAGGCGCUCGGCCCUGCUCGUGCCGCCCAGAUACGCGCGCUCGGAAAUCGUGGGCUUCAACCACGCCACCGCCGUGAGCAGACAGCGCCGCUACGACACCUACCACAGACAGUACCAGCACGGCGCUGGGAACGACACCAUGUUUGACAGUGUCCCUGUCAGCCCGGCCGUGCGCACGUACCCCAGGCCGGGGACCAGUCACAGCUUGGGCAACCUGUUGGAGAAGGAGAACUACUUGACCUUCGGGCAGGGCAGGCCCCUGGGGCCCCUGCAGGCCGUCCCUCAGAACAGGGCCGCUCGGAGCUCGUGGCAGCAGAGCUCCUUCCACAGCACCCGCACGCUGAGGGACGCCGGGCCCAGCGCCACCAACGAGGCCAGCGGGAGGAGAGCGCUCCUGACCGUGGGCCAAGUGGCAGCGGCGGGGAGUGGCAAUGUGCUCACGGAGAGGAGCACUUUCACCGACUCCCAGCUUGGGAAUGCAGACCUGGAGAUGACCCUGGAGCGAGCAGUGAGUAUGCUCGAUGCAGACCACACGCCGCCAUCCAGGAUUUCUGCUGCAGCUACUUUCAUACAGCAUGAAUGCUUCCAGAAAUCUGAAGCGCGCAAAAGGGUUAAUCAGCUUCGUGGCAUCCCCAAGCUUCUGCAGCUCCUCAAAGUUCAGAAUGAAGAUGUUCAGCGAGCCGUGUGUGGGGCCUUGAGAAAUUUGGUAUUUGAAGACAAUGACAACAAGUUGGAGGUAGCAGAACUAAAUGGAGUACCUCGGUUGCUCCAGGUGCUGAAGCAAACCAGAGACUUGGAGACUAAAAAGCAAAUAACAGGUUUGCUGUGGAAUUUGUCCUCUAACGACAAACUCAAGAAUCUCAUGAUAACAGAAGCCUUGCUUACCCUGACUGAUAAUAUCAUCAUCCCCUUUUCGGGGUGGCCUGAAGGAGACUACCCCAAAGCAAAUGGUUUGCUCGAUUUUGAUAUAUUCUACAAUGUCACCGGAUGCCUAAGAAACAUGAGUUCAGCUGGCCAUGAUGGGAGGAAAGUGAUGAGAAGGUGUGACGGGCUCAUUGACUCGCUGGUGCAUUAUGUCAGAGGAACCAUUGCAGAUUAUCAGCCAGAUGACAAGGCCACAGAGAACUGUGUUUGCAUUCUUCAUAACCUCUCCUACCAGCUGGAGGCAGAGCUCCCAGAGAGAUAUUCCCAGAACUUCUAUAUUCAAAACCGGAACGUCCAGACUGACAAUGACAAAAGUAUUGGGUGUUUUGGCAGUCGAAGCAGAAAAGUAAAAGAGCAAUACCAGGACAUGCCACUGCCAGAGGAAAAGAGCAACCCCAAGGGUGUGGAGUGGCUGUGGCACUCCAUUGUGAUAAGGAUGUAUUUGUCCUUGAUUGCCAAGAGUGUCCGAAACUACACACAGGAAGCAUCUUUAGGAGCUCUCCAGAAUCUCACAGCUGGAAGUGGACCAAUGCCAACAUCAGUAGCUCAGACAGUUGUCCAGAAGGAAAACGGUCUUCAGCACGCCCGAAAGAUGCUGCACAUUGGUGAUCUAAAUGUGAGAAAGACCGCAGUCUCCCUGCUGAGGAACUUGUCUCGGAAUCAUUCUCUGAAGAAUGAAAUUGCCAAAGAAACUCUACCCGAUUUGGUUUCCAUAAUUCCUGACACAGUCCCGAGUACUGAUAUUCUCACUGAAACAACAGCAUCUGCCUGUUACACGUUGAACAAUAUCAUCCAAAAUAGUUACCAGAAUGCACGAGACCUUCUAAAUACUGGGGGCCUGCAGAAGAUUAUGACCAUCAGUGCAGGCGAGGACUAUGCCUCCAACAAAGCAAGUAAGGCUGCCUCUGUCCUGCUGUAUUCUCUGUGGGCGCACACAGAACUCCAUAAUGCCUACAAGAAGGCUCAGUUUAAGAAGACGGAUUUUGUCAACAGCCGGACUGCCAAAGCGUACCACUCCCUUAAAGACUGAGGAAAAUGACAAAGUGCUCUCAGAAAUAUCAGCCUCACCAUUCUCAGCUACAAUAAAAGCCCCGGAGGAAAACACCUAUUUUUCUACUACUACCCAGUCCCCCAAAAAACUCAAAAAGCAUACCUUGUUUGUUUCUAUCCUUUUCUAUUUCCAUGGUCCCCAGAAUCCAGAAAACAAAUAAUCACAACAUAGUUUUAUUAAUCUUCCAGAAGACACUUGCAAGUUUGCCACUAGUAGAUAUUGGCAACAGGCUCUAGUUUACCCUCUACAAAUAGUUGUCUGUGCUUUCAGGGCUUAUGGUGCAUGGCCUCCUGGAACCAAAAUGUGAAUUUAUGUGGAAUGCACAUUAACAGUA